UAAAAACAAAAUAAAUAAAUAAAAAAAAAAGGAAUUUUCAGACAUGUAUCGCAUCUCUAACUCUAUCGACAUCUUAACCGGUUCCUCCCUCACAACUUCCCAAUCUUCCAUAAUUCCCAUUCAAGAUCUUCGAUUUCUACCCAAAUUACAACGCCCGAUCAUGUCUCAUCUUCUCCGGCGGACCGGAAUCCGGCGGUGGCUCUUCAACGCCGUCGUACCACCGAAAUCAAACUCCUUCCGGCGGCCACUGUGCGACUUGUCACCGGAGAAUCUAGAAGCUUCCUGGAAUUCAAUGGAGGGUCUGAUGAGAUCCCCUGCGAAUUACGCCCCAUUGACGCCCAUCAGUUUCCUCGAGAGAGCUGCCAGAGUUUACGGCGACCGGACCUCCGUCGUGGACGGCGGCCGGACCUUCACUUGGGAAGAGACUCUCAAGAGGUGCCUCAAAUUGGCUUCUGCUUUGUCACAAUUGGGGAUUUGUAGAGGCGAUUUGGUUGCGACAUUUGGCCCCAACACGGCGGCGAUGGUGGAGCUGCAUUUCGCGGCGCCGAUGGCCGGGGCAGUGCUGUGCACGUUGAAUUCGCGGCACGAUUCGAUCAUGAUCGCGGCAUUGUUGCAACAUUCCGAGGCGAAGCUCAUAUUCGUCGACCACGAACUGCUCCCCGUCGCAUGGGGAGCGUUCGACUUGCUUAUUAAGAACAAUACGGAGCUCCCGAUUCUCGUCCUGAUUCAGGAGCACGACGAUCUGGCCGAACAUGAACAUGAAUACGAGUACGAGGAUUUGUUGAGUCGGGGAGACGGUGGGUUCGCUGUAAGGCGACCGAGAACGGAAUGGGACCCGAUAAGCGUCAACUACACUUCGGGAACGACGUCCCGUCCCAAAGGCGUCGUCUACAAUCAUCGCGGGGCGUAUUUGAACGCGCUUGCGACGACAUUCCUCCAUGGAAUGCCGUCGACGCCGGUCUAUUUGUGGACGGUCCCGAUGUUCCAUUGCAACGGGUGGUGUUUGAUUUGGGGCUUGGCGGCGAUCGGCGGGACGAACAUUUGCCUCCGAACCGUUUCCCCGAAGAACAUCUUCGACGCCAUUUUGCGCCAUAAGGUUAGUCACAUGGGCGGAGCUCCGACUGUCUUGAACAAGAUCAUCAACUCCGGAAACGACGAGAAAACACCCCUUCCUCAUACGGUCGAUAUAAUGACAGGUGGCUCACCGCCACCGCCGUCGAUCCUCGAAAGAAUCGAGAAGCUUGGCUUCCGGGUGAGCCACUUGUACGGACUCACCGAAACGUACGGUCCUGGAACGUAUUGUGUGUGGAAACCCGAGUGGGAUUUGCUUCCGCGCGAAGAACGGUACCGUCUCAAAGCUCGACAAGGCGUCGAGCAUUUCGCGCUCGAGAAAGUCGACGUGAGAGACUCCGUCACCAUGGAGAGCGUACCGGCGGACGGUGAGACCGUUGGCGAGAUCAUGUUUCGAGGAAACACCGUAAUGAGCGGAUACCUGAAAGACAUGAAAGCCACCGAGGCGGUGUUCGCCGGCGGGUGGUUCAGAAGCGGCGAUCUCGCCGUGAAACACCCCGACGGAUACAUUGAAAUUAAGGACCGAUUGAAAGAUAUUGUGAUUUCUGGAGGGGAGAACAUCAGCACCGUCGAAGUCGAGACGGUGUUGUACCGUCAUCCCGCCGUGCUCGAAGCUGCCGUCGUUGCGAGACCCGACGACCAUUGGGGGCAAACUCCGUGUGCGUUCGUCAAGCUGAAGGACGGCGUCGAGGUUACUUCCCGAGAACUUAUCGACUUCUGCCGAGAUCAUUUGCCUCAUUAUAUGGCUCCAAAGACCGUCGUUUUCCAAGAACUUCCGAAAACGUCGACCGGGAAGAUUCAAAAAUUCAUCCUCCGCGAGAAAGCGCAAGCGAUGGGAAGUCUCUCCUAAAUCCCUAUCGCUGUUGUAACGAAGGAACGCAACAUGUAAUCAAAAUAGAUGAAAUGUUCGAUCUUUAGGUAUCCGGACAUUCAAAACUUGUAAAUCCAAAAUAGUCGAGAUGACACGACAAGUAAUCGAA